UGAUGUAUAAACAUCGUCAUCCUCCUUCAAGUCGCUUUGAUGCAAUUGAUUUAGAUCCAUAUGGAUCAGCAUCAAUCUUUCUUGAUAGUGCAGUUCAAGCUGUAGCUGAUGGUGGCAUUCUCUUGGUAACAUGUACAGACAUGGGAGUGCUAUGUGGAAACCAUAGCGAGGCUUGUUUUGGAAAAUAUGGCAGUAUGUCUUUAAAAGCCAAGUUUUGCCAUGAGAUGGCUUUGAGAGUUUUGCUCUUCUCGAUGGAAACUCAUGCUAAUAGGUACAAAAGAUACAUCAAACCUCUUUUGAGCAUAAGUGUGGAUUUCUAUGUGCGUGUUUUUGUGCAAGUUUUUACAAGUGCCUCAGAAGUGAAAAGAUCAGCAAGUAAAAACUGUCUGGUCUUCAUGUGCAUUGGAUGUGGAAGUUUUCAUUUUCAGCCAAUGGGCCGCUGUAUUGAAGAAGGUCUUAGCAAGAAGUACCCCCCAGCCAUGGGUCCUCCAGUUGGAUCUUUAUGUGACCAGUGCGGUAGGCAAUUCCACAUGGGAGGACCCAUUUGGAAAGAACCAAUUCACGAUGCUGAAUUUGUGGAAAGGUUGCUGAAGACUGUGAAGGAAGAACCUGGUCUGUUUAAGACUUCAGAAAGAAUAAUUGGACUGUUGAAUGUUAUCCAAGAAGAAUUACCUGACUGUCCUCUAUACUACAGUGUGGACCAUCUCUGUGGAGUUCUUCAUUGUAACACACCUUCUCUUGUGCAGAUCAGAUCUGCUCUACUAGAAGCAGGCUACAGGGCCUCCAGCUCUCAUGCAUGCAAAGAAGCGCUCAAAACGGAUGCUCCUCACAGUGUUGUGUGGGAUGUCAUGAGGUGUUGGGAAAAACUUCACCCUGUAAAACGAAGGAAAGAAAGUUCUCCAGGUGCAGCCAUUCUCAGCAAAGAACCGAUCGUUCAAGUGUCGUUCAAAGAAAUACCUGAAGUAAACCCUUUAUCAAGAAAAAAAAAGCUUCUGAGAUAUCAAGCAAAUCCUGAGGCCAACUGGGGACCAAAGCCAAGGGCAAAGAGGAAAAAAGGAACGGAGACAAUCGAGGAUAAGAGACAGCGUCUACAAGGACGAAGAACUCCAGAAGACAAAGAAUUUUACAAACAAUUUCCUUGUAAGAAAUUUCGACUUGGCAAGUGUACGUAUGGUGACGAGUGUAAAUACUCGCAUGCUAUAAAUUUGUACCUAGAGGAAGGAAAAAUUCCAUAAAUCCAACAAAAUUACGUAAGUUUCUCAAUUUUCCAUAAUUUAUACCCCGGCUUAUCGCUUUUAUCUGUAAAAUUAUCGUGCAUUCUUUGCUUCUUUUCGAACAUGCCUUUUAAUGUUUCUUUUUGAUCUCUUCCUUAGAAUUUUGAUUCAAAAUUUUUGAAAUAAAAUAUCCCUCAGACCUCAAUCAAGCCUUUGAAUCUUUUAAGCACCAUUUGUGAGUGACCAGCAUCUAAUUUCGUCAUGAUUGAUCACAACUACUCACCAGAUCAAAGAUAAUGAAAAGUGUCAUACGAUAGGUCAAUUUUCGCGACUUUUAACACGGUAAUACUGUAGAAGAGACAGAAAGACAGGUGAGGUAAUAUGUAACAUCUGAAACCUUUCGAUAAAAUACUUUUGAAGAGGCUACCGAAUCCAGCGGUAACGUUUAUUUAUGUAAGGAAAAAAUUUCGAUGAAAAAUGAGAAAGUUAACAUGGAGAAGAUUGACUGGCGAUGAAGAUCGCUUGUUUUCCUCAAAGUUUUAUGCCUCAUUGAUGACGGAACUCGUGAUCACACUUUAUUGCAAGAGCAACUUUUAACAAGUUUUUGCAAACUAGAGAUGUAGGGAGCCUUUCACCUAUGGUCAGGUGGCUUUGUGAUAUUCAAGUUUUCGCACAAAACUUUCU